AUGGCGCAGGUGCUUGGAGAGGAUGGUGCAGGUGCACGGCGUGCAAGUGCAUGCAGAGGACCGCUAGAGAUCGUGCGGCUCGACGGGGUCAACUCCAGCGGCUCGGUCACGCAUGGCGGCUCAGAGCACACGGAUGCAUGCACGGGAAUGUGCAGGUGGCUGCUGAAGCGGCUCGGGGACCUCACCCUGGGCGACCUCGACCUCGACCAGUUGGACCUCCAGCUCACCCGCGGCACGCUCCAACUCUCCGACCUCGCGCUCAACGCCGACUUCAUCAACGCCAAGUUAAGGAGUUGGAAGAUUGAGAUCGUAGUGGAAGGGUUGGAGUUUGUACUUGCACCAUCUGUUGCUAUUGAAGCCUCACCUGUAGAUACCGAGUGCUCUGUUUCUGCUGGUAAUAGUGAUACAGAGGCGAGAUUGGCUGAGACCAAGAGGAAUGAACCUGAUAGUAAUCCCUGCUCUACUUCUGCAUCUCGAGAUGUGGAUGAUGGUGUGAAGAGAAUAGCCAACGCCAUCAAGCACUUUCUUACAAGAUUUAAUAUCAAGUUGAAAAAUACGUAUGUAGUAUUUGAUCCUCAAAGCAUUUUGGAUAAAAAGGCCUUGGAAUUUAAUUGGUCGCUAGUUUUCCGAACUAAAGAGAUACAGUGUGGAACUAAUCUUUCAACAGACGGUCCGGUCAAAUUGAAUAACUUGGUAACAUUCCAAGAGGCGGUCAUUGAGUUUUUGAAGAUGGAUGAUGUUGAUGCAAAUCUUCAGAACGAUCUGGAUAGAGGAACAGCUGACAUUUCAUCAUAUCAUAGUACUACUGCGGUCUUGACAGGUCCCAUUGGUGGAUUCUCAGGAACAUUGAACCUAAGCAUCCCAUGGAAUAGUGGAUGCUUAAACUUUCAAAAAGUUGAUGCAGACAUAUCUGUUGAUUCAUUAGAAUUGCAGUUACAGAUGAGCAGUAUCCAAUGGUUCAUGAAUGUAUAUGAUUCUCUUUGUAGGAACUCGGCAGAUGAACAUAAUUGUGUACAUAGUACUGCAGAUAUGUCUAUGAACGCCUCCAGAUCUUCCUUAUGUGCAUCCACAUCAAGCUCUUCGAAAUCAGGUUCAGCCUCUGUGAUAGCUAGCGGGGAAGGUUUGUCACAGAGAGCAUUUUCUCGAAGCAGGCAGGACAAUUUUCAGGAUGAUUUCCUCAACAAGGCACAUGUGAUUCAAGACUGGAUUCCGGAUCUUGUUGUCCACAGUGACCAAGGUGAAUUUGAUUCAGAUUGUGACGAAAGCAUCAGUCAGUUCUUUGAAUGCUUUGAGGAAUUGAGGAGCUCUCAUACCAAUUUAGGAAAUAGUGGCAUAUGGGACUGGACGUGUUCGGUAUUCAACGCAAUUACUUUUGCAUCCGCAUUAGCUUCUGGAUCCGAUCAAGUCCCUAAAGAAACACUGAUUGAGAAAACCUUACGGGCUUCCAUUGCUCAGAUAGGCAUUAUUCUUUUGUUCAGUGAUGAAAUGGAUACUGGCAGUUCCAGUAUUCCUCCGAGUCUCGUCAAAGAUAUGAGAAGUUCGGAAAUGUUUUCAAGCUGCCUUUCUCCUGCUCAUUUUGAGCGAUUGAUGAUUUCUCCUGCUACUGCUUCCAGUUUAAGUAUGCAUCAUCUUGAAUACAAGUGUCAUAACAUCCAUCUUGACCUUGAGACAUAUCCGAAAAACUUGAGGUUGAAAGCAUCGAUUGGCCACAUGAGGGUCGAUGAAUACUACAGCACUGAAAAGCAUGAUUCAGAUCACACACCCGUUAGUGCUCCUUUCUUAAAUAGUGAUUAUUGCCAUGAAGUUCAAGCUGCUCUCCCUUCAUUCCCGUUUGCUGCUCAAGAUUACUGGGUGGAGUCAUCUGGAUACUGUUCGAACAAUUCAAGUGAACUAGCUAAGGUUGAAUUGCUUAAAACAUUUGGUGAUUCCACAUUCCAUUAUGAUGUUAGUAGCACAGAUCGAGGUGGCAACUCAGUAAGUUCAACUUCACUGUCAAUCUGUUUGGCUCCAUUAGUUUGGUGGGUGCAUUUCCAUACAGUACAGAUGCUACUGAAUUUUAUCAGUAAAAUUGAGUCUGAUGUGGUGCGCGGACAGCAUAAACUCCAUAUGCGAGGUGAUACAGAAAACAGUAAGUUGACUACCAAAACUAAUAUUUCACCAAGUGGGAGUCUAAAGGUUCAGAUGGCUCUCUCACCUUCAAGAAUCAUCAUUUGCUUUCCUACUGAGUCCCCAUGGGAUUUAAGCCGCCCAUCCAUCCUGGAUACAUUCCUUGUCAUUGACCGCACAUCAUCUCUGGACUCAGGGGAAGCUUCGUCUCCAUUCGGAAAGGAAAGGCCUAAUGAUGCUCAUUCCGGCAUACCAUCUACCUCACUCCAUUUGGCUGCUGGGAACUUCGACAUGUAUUUGCUUAGACCGAUGAGCUAUGAAUUGGAUGACAGAAGCCAUUCUUUGAGUAGGCAAACUUCUUUUGCUCUGAAGAUUAUCUCAGUCACUAGUUACAACUGUGGCGACUCUAGCAUUACAAUGAUCUGGAGAAAAUACCCUGUAACUGGCCCUGAGAUGGUUAGUAAAGCUUGGAGUUUGCCAAACCUUCAUGACCAAAAAAUUACUCAGAGAGAAAGGGGCAAUUUUGUUGGUGCCUCUUAUACAACCUCACAGGAUCUCGAGAAGUCGAGUUAUAGUAUACGCCAGGAGCUCCUUCAGAGCACCCAGUGCUUUCUGCAUAUUAAACUUUCUUCAGUUUCAGUUCAUCUCAAUAAGAAGGAUUGUGGAUUACUGAAUCAGCUAUUAGAUUGCAUUCUCAGCGGGCUGUCUGAUGGUGCAACGAGCAGCUCUGAAAGUGGAAGGGACAAAUCUAUGCCUAUCAAUGAUGUUGCCAUCCAAUCAGCUAUCACUUUUGAAUGCAGCUUUUUGGAUAUUUGUACUGAAUUAAAUGAAACUGUGGUAGUUGGUCCUUUGCUGCAGACAGAACUAGAAGGUUCCUGGAAUUGUUUUAAGCUGUCCAUUUCAAAAAUUUCCCUGUGCUCUUUUUCUAAUGUAGGCGGAAUCAAUAAUGCCAGUUUUCUUUGGGUGAAUCAUGGUGAAGGUGAGCUUUGGGGUUCUAUUACUGGUACAAAUGAUAAAGCCUAUGCCGAAAGCAAAGUUUUUCUCCUAGUUGUCUGUAAGGACUCUGCUAACAUGCGAGGUGAUGGCGAAGGAAACAAUGCACUAUAUUUUGGAACUUCUGGCUGUUCUGUGACCCACAUCAGGAACCCAAAUCUACAAGAGAACUAUACUUCUGUCAAUUUUCGUUCUGGGACAAUUGUGGCACCUGGUGGACGCAUGGAUUGGAUCAGUGCAAUGUGCCUGCUGUUUAAUGCAGGUUCACACGGAACUGAACAGUCCAAUAACAGCAGAACAGAGGAUAAUUCAUGUCCUGGUGACCGGUCAUCUUUUUUUCUUGAGUUGGUUGAUGUUGCUGUGAGCUAUGAAUCUCAUGUAAAAAAUUCCACCUUCAGCGCUGAAGCUACUGAUUGCAAGUCUUUCUCAUGCAUUUUAGCCGCAUCAUCAUUUAAACUCCACAGUAUAUCUGCACCAGACUCUGCAGCUACAGAUUUUGAUAUCCAGCUGCGAGAUCUCGGGCUUUUCAUCUGUGAAUCAUUUGGUUCCAAAAAUGCCACUUGCGGCUAUGGUGUUGAUUAUCUUCGUAAAAUGGGUUACACUAAGAUUGCCCGUGACACGUUCAUUGAAGCUGCUCUAAGAAUUGACACUUCCUUUUGGAAGCUUGAAAUAUCAGAUUCACAAUUUGAUAUUGGUACAUGUCGUGAUACAACACAUGGUCUUAUUUGCUUGUGUUCCCAACUCCAGAAGCUAUAUGCUCCAGACAUGCAUGAUGCUUUAGUUCAUCUACAAUCUAGGUGGAAUAGUGUCCAGCAAGCAAACAACCAUAAUAUGGCCAGUGACGCAUCAGACAAGUCAGAGAGCAGCAUUGACAACUUGGCAUAUUCUGGAGAGUGCUUGUCAGAUGGACUACUUAAUGAUAUAAUUGAGAAUGCUUUUUACACAGACCAGGACUACAAAGCCUACAAUUUUUCUAGCAGAAAUUGUCACAACUCACCAAGUAGCAACGGAAUGGAUGUUGAGUCUGAGUCGCCCACCCCUGGGGCAACUGACGUCAGUGUUCCACACAUUUUGUUUGGAUCAUCAUUAGCUACUCCAAAAAUCAAUACGACUGAAAUACCAUUGAAACAGGACUCCUGUCAUGAACAAAUUAUUGACUCUUAUUAUAUGCCUGACACAUCAUCGUCAACUCUAUGUAAUGUAGGAUAUCAAUGUAUAUCUGGUGAUGAUGCUUACAAAACCAUGGAAUUUGAAGAUGGUGGAUGGUAUAACAGUAUUCCCUUGACAAUAGUUGAGAGUCAUGUUCCGGAAAGGAACAACCCACAAGGAGGGCAUGUGGCCGGCCAAGAAGGGAAGCCUACUGUUUGCAGCUUGAAUUAUGAGGAAUCUUGUUAUUUGAAAGGAAAGGUUAUAAUUCAUGAUGUAAAUGUCAAUUGGCGAAUGUAUGCUGGAGAUGACUGGUCAUUAGCUCAGAAAGAUGUAAAUAACUUCUCAUCCUCAAGUGGAAGGGAUAUGAGCUCUUCCUUAGAAUUUCUUAUCUCGGGGCUUGGUGUACAGUGA